GAAUUGACAAAUGAAAAUCUGAAUGAAUCUGAACUAUUGUUGACAACAAGAAAAAAUUAUGAACAAUAUUCUGAACUCAAAUGCUUGAACACAAUGCUAAUGAAUGAACGUAGAUCACGUUAUAAUAAAUAUAUUGCAAAGAUCAAUUAUUAUCAUGACUGCCAUAUUGUCAAUCGUGACAGACGUGAUAGAGCACCAAGUAGAAUACCAGCUAAAAGAUUUUCUCGAAUCUUAUGUAAAAGUAGAAGUGUACGAAGGUUGAUGCGUAGAUAUAUAAAGAAAGAAAUUCCCAGAUCAUCACAUGUGCAUCGAAUUCUUCAUGCUUCUAGCCAUGAGCGUAAACGACUGUUGAGUGAUGGAGUCAUGUAUUUACCACAAGCCAGUUUAAAGAAACCCAAAUUGCUCAAGGUUGAGUCAGGGAAGGUCUACAGUCUCACAAACGCGCCAGUUCGCUUAUUUAAUGGAAAGAAACAGCUCACAUCCACCAAAAAUUCCAAUUUUCGAGAAAUCCAGGACGAGGAAAUGGCAAAACUUGAAGACGGUGAAGCAAAAAAAAGGCUAGAUGAAAUCAGCAAAGUGAAGUACUUUACCAUCCAACGAGUCAAAGUAAUAGAGAAUAUUGACCGCUUCCUCAAGUGCAAACGGAUUGAGUACCAAAAGAAACUCCAAGUCAGCGUUCAUGGCGAAUCAAUCAUGUGUAACAGCUGUCACUGUUGA